AAGUUAUCCAUCUACUCAUCGGAUUCGGCCAUUUCUCGAUAUUUACGUGCACGUAAUUGGCAUGUCAAGAAAGCUACUAAAAUGCUCAAAGAGACCUUGAAGUGGAGAAUUCAGUACAAACCCGAGGAGAUUCGAUGGGAGGAGAUUGCCCGAGAAGCCGAGACCGGGAAGAUAUACCGAGCUAACUGUACUGACAAGUAUGGCAGAACCGUUCUUGUCAUGAGACCAAGUUGUCAGAAUACAAAAUCGACUAAAGGGCAGAUUAGAUUCUUGGUCUACUGCAUGGAGAAUGCAAUCUUGAAUCUACCGGCUCACCAAGAACAAAUGGUUUGGUUGAUAGAUUUCCAUGGUUUCAAUCUGUCACAUAUAUCGGUGAAAGUGACCCGAGAAACCGCUCAUGUACUACAAGAACAUUACCCGGAACGCUUAGGCUUGGCCAUACUCUACAACCCGCCCAAAUUCUUCGAACCUUUCUGGAAGAUGGUGAAACCGUUUCUAGAUCCAAAGACAUGCAACAAGGUGAAAUUCGUUUAUUCUGAUGAUGGCGAAAGCAAGAAGGUGCUCGAGGAUGUUUUCGAUAUGGAGCAACUAGAGGUUGCCUUUGGUGGAAACAGCUAUUCAGGUUUUGAUUUUGUCAAGUAUGCUGAAAGAAUGAAGGAGGACGAUGCAAGAUUCUUCGGAAACACAGUAUCAACCACUUCCCCAUUGAUGAAAGAUGCUAACUCAGAUUCCGAAUCUUCUUCUGACAUGGAAAAGACCAACAGAGACUGCUCAGAGAAGAGAAUAACUGACGCCCCUGCGAACAAAGAAGAUAGACCCAAAGCCUAGAAGGGGAUCUUGGUUUCCACCAAAGAUCAAGAGUUUCUCAAUGACGCUUCUGUAAAGUUCAUGAUUUUAAGUUCUUAACAGCUUCAACAGUCUGGCUACGACCAGAAAAAACAGAUUCUGAUAAGUUUCAGAUUGUAUUAUGGCUCAGAUUCUUACAUAAAGAGAUCAAGGAAUGUUAUCUCAAGUAGCUGAAAGAAGAGUGUCUGAAAAUGUUUCUCAAGAUGGUAAUGUUGUACACAGUUUUUGAA